GCCUAUAGAUGUCAGACGAUCACCAAAUCUCAAAUCUUUGGUGCGUUUGGAUAGAAAAGAUGUAAAACGCGCAGCAGUUCAAGAUGAGGUUUUUAUGGCUACACCGUAAACCUGCUGCUCCUCCUAUGAACGCUUUCAGUCAUAUCAACACACACACACACAAAACCUGGGACUCUGGGACUGUGUUUUGAGCUUUUUAGAGACAAUGAAACUAGAUGCUGCGGAGUUGGAGAAGCAGGUGGAGACGUCGACCCGCGAGAAGAGCCCGACGCUUCUGUCCCACUCCAUUGAAGAAAUCCUGAAGAAACCCGCGGACAAGACACCCGAAGCACCUGGACGCGCGCAGAGCAGGAUAAAGACGGACGCUCCCGAGGGCAGACCGUACACAGCUCGUCGGUCCAGUCGCAGACGGGUUCGGACCACGUUCACCCUGAGCCAGCUGGAGGAGCUGGAGAGAGUGUUUCAGCACACGCACUACCCUGACGUUCACACCCGAGACCAGCUCGCCCGGCGGACGCAGCUCUCCGAGGGAAGAGUCCAGAUCUGGUUCCAGAACCGUCGGGCGAAGUGGAGGCGCAGUGAAGCUAAAGCAGCUCACAGACCUCUAACAGCGCUGAGAAACGCCAGACACACUCACCUCCUGACUCCGGUCCUCUGUGUGCCGUACCCGGGUUUCCCGCCGAAGCUCUGGCUGUCGGAGUCGGCCCGUCCUCCCAUCGGUUCCCCCGGGCUCCCCACACUUCAACAUCCUUCAUACUUCUGAUGCUUUCCCCGCAAGAGACAUUUUCAUCUUCGGUCUAAGGAUCUACUCCAAGACUAAAAGGACACAUCAUGUUGUACAUAAAGCGCGUUUUGUAUUGAAGGACUGCCGCCUUUUUUUUAUUUCCAAACAGAAAUCAUACGUGAAGUGAUGAACGUGUGGCAAGCCGUAAAUCAAUUUCCUUAUCUCGUCACAAUAAAACCCUGAUAAAACCAGUGAGUGAACGAAAUCAGCCCGAACCGCCGGAUUCCCAGAAUCGUAGAAGAAGAGCCUUUGAAGAUGGCCGUGUUUUCGGGCUUGUGCGAACAAAUACGACGCCUACAAUUCAACUUCACAUCCAGUGGAAUAAAAGUGUAGACUACAUCUGUGUGCAUGUGUUUAAUUAAACCCAAAG